UAGGUCUAACGUUAAUUUUUUAACUGACAGAUCUGCAUAUACUGUUGUAGAAAGUGUAUACAUUUAACGGUUAACCAGUAAAAGUGGUUAUAUAAAUUCUCUCAAUGCACAAUGAUGACAAUUAGAGCAGCAGCAAGUGUUGGAAGAACACAUCUACAGCAGCGUGGAGCUUUGUUGGCUUACUGUAAAAGGAAAACACCAUUGGAAGUUUCUCAUGCACCUCAGAUUUUUGUUCGAAAUUAUUCUGGAUAUAAAACACCAAUUAAUAUUGGCUUCGUUUUCGUUCCACAGCAAGAAGCAUGGGUUGUUGAGAGAAUGGGGAAGUUUAACAGCAUAUUGAAGCCUGGUUUGAAUCUGCUUAUACCAUUACUGGAUCAAGUUAAAUAUGUCCAAGUUCUGAAAGAGCAGGCAAUCAAGAUACCUGAACAAAGUGCUGUGACAAAAGACAAUGUAAAUUUACAUAUUGAUGGCAUCUUAUAUGUGAGAGUGGAUGAUCCAUACAAAGCAAGUUAUGGAAUUGAGGAUCCGGAAUAUGCAGUGACACAACUUGCACAAACCACAAUGAGAUCAGAAAUAGGGAAACUGACGUUGGAUGGAAUAUUUCGAGAGCGAGAAAUACUUAACGUGAAUAUAGUGAAGGCGAUUAACCUCGCAUCGGAAGAGCCAUGGGGAAUCAGUUGUUUAAGAUAUGAAAUCAGGGAUAUACAGGUUCCAACUAGGGUCCAGGAAGCUAUGCAAAUGCAAGUUGAAGCAGAAAGACGGAAAAGAGCAAGCAUUCUAGAAUCUGAAGGUCAGAAAGAGUCUGCUAUCAAUGUGGCAAUGGGUAAUCGGGAAGCACAGAUCUUGGCAUCUGAGUCUGAAAAGAUCGAACGAAUCAAUGAGGCAGAGGGUGAAGCAAAAGCUAUUCUGGCAAAAGCACAAGCAAAAGCCGCUGCGAUCGAAAAGAUAGCAGAAGCACUUUCUUUGCAGAAUGGCUCGCAUGCAGCUGGCCUCACUGUGGCAGAGCAAUACGUGAAUGCAUUUUCAAAUCUUGCCAAGGAAAGCAACACUGUCCUGCUUCCCUCUAACACCGGUGAUGUUACUAGUAUGGUAACUCAGGCAAUGACCAUCUACAGUAAACUAAACAAAACACCAACUACUGAAUCUAUGAUCAAAGAAUCAGAUACAGACAUUUCGUACCAGGAUAUUGAAAAUAGUGAUUUACGAAAUUUUGAAAACACUGACAGUAUACCUGAACAAGAAGGUGAUGAUGACACCAGACCAAGAUAAUGGAUGUUAUAUAAUGUAUUAACCCCAAACUGGUUAUGCGGUUCAAAUUCCUAUUUCUGAACACAUAUAGUAGGCUGUGGAAAGAUGGGAUACCUUUUCAUUCUAUUUUAUCUCUUAUUUGGUAUAGUAAAAAAGGAACAUUAAAGAACUAUAAAACCGUUUUCUCACGACUUCCAUAGACCAUUGUUAUUUCUUUUAAAACACGAUUAGGGUAUUUGGAGAUUCGGUGCUUAAUAUGUCCCAUCUUCCCCACGUUCUAUAUAUUAGUAAUUUGUCUGUAGACCAGUGGAGAGAUUUUUGACGAAAAUCUUUGUUAUUUUACGUUUUUCUGCUGAACUAAAUAUAGAUAUUUGUAAGAGCAAUUUGGCUAAAUUGUUUUAUCCUUCUUUAAUUUUGAACUAGACUAAAUUCGAUUUAAAGUGAUAUUUAUUUGGUUUUGCAUUUCGUCUGACAACUCCUUUGUAACCUUGGGCAUCACGAAUGUUGCUCAAUCUUUAUAGCAAUUAAAAAUUUUAUAUAGGAAAAAAAACAGAACUUUCUUUAUUCGUGCAUAAAAAAUUUUCUUUUAUAUUUGAUCUUUGUUUUACCGGUUAAUAAGGAAUUUUUCAUAUUUAAAAUAACGCAACCCAUCCAA